AUGUCGAAGCGCACAGCAGACCACCAGGACGAUGCGCCGCUCAAGGGCGGCGAGCGCCCCGAGCAGAUGGACAUCGAUAUGGACAAGGACAUGGGCGAGUUCGAAGAUGAGUUUGAAGACGAAUUUGAGAGCGAAGACGAAAUCAUCGAGGCCGGUGUGGAUGGACGGCCAGACGCCGAGAGAGAGGCCGAAGAGAAAGAGCACGCCAUGGAAGUUGACCAGGGAACCUUUAUUGUCGGACGAAGCAAGCUCGAGCCUGGCCAGACCCUGGCGCCGGAUUUGACCACCUACGAAAUGCUGCACCGCCUCAACACGCCCUGGCCGUGCCUGUCCUUUGACAUUGUCAAGGAUUCCCUCGGCGACAACCGCAAAGCCUACCCCCACACCAUGUACACCGUCACGGGAACGCAAGCCGAGUCGGCAAAGGCCCACGAGAACGAGCUGCUGGUCGUCAAGUUCAGCGGCCUCAGCAAGAUGGAGCGCGGCGACGAGGAUUCUGAUUCCGACGACGACGACGAAGAUUCAGACCCCAUCCUGGAGAGCAAGUCGAUCCCUCUCAACUCUUGCACCAACCGCAUCCGCACGCACCAGAUCCCCAACCAGGAUCCUUCUCUGCCUCCCACGACGCUCACGGCAACCAUGACUGAGUCCGCGAGCGUCUUCAUCCACGACGUUACUCCUCACCUCACCUCGUUCGAUACGCCCGGCACUGUCAUUACGGCCCAGCAGAAUAAGCCUAUUUCUACCAUUAGAGCACACAAGUCUGAGGGUUAUGCCGUGGACUGGUCACCGCUCGUCCCCGGUGGAAAGCUCCUGACUGGCGACAACGACGGCCUCAUCUACAUGACGACGCGCACUGAUGGCGGCGGCUGGGUCACCGACAACAGACCAUUCCAGGGCCACGCCAGCAGCGUAGAGGAAAUCCAGUGGUCUCCCUCCGAGCAGUCCGUCUUCGCAUCUGCCUCCAGCGACGGCACCGUUCGCAUCUGGGACGUUCGAUCCAAGUCGAGGAAACCCGCCAUCACGGUCCAAGUCUCCAACUACGACGUCAACGUCAUGUCCUGGUCCAGGCACACCACCAACCUGCUCGCCUCCGGAGCCGACGACGGAACCUGGGCUGUCUGGGAUCUUAGACAAUGGAAGGGCAAUGACAGCAAGCCCCAGCCAGUGGCCAGCUUCAACUACCACAAGGAGCAAAUUUGCAGUAUCGAGUGGCAUCCCACGGACGAUUCUAUUAUUGCGCUGGCUGCGGCUGAUAACACCGUUACGCUGUGGGAUCUGGCUGUCGAGCUGGACGACGAGGAGAGCAAGGACACUGCUGGCGUCAAGGACGUGCCGCCUCAGCUGCUGUUUGUUCACUACCUCAAGGAUGUCAGGGAGGUGCACUGGCACCCGCAGAUUCCGGGCAGCUUGAUUGCUACCGGUGAGGAAUUCAGCGUGUUCCGGACUAUCAGUGUUUAAAGGGGAAAACCUGGGUGUGAUGGGAAAAUAAAAUGUCUUUUUUUGCCUUUUUUGUAUAUACCUGUUAUGAUUAUGGGCAUGCUUCGCUGGUAUAGAUAGCAGGAGUAUGUAAUAGAUUCAUGAAUUACUAAAGCAAUUGAAUUAAGAAGAAGAAUUACUCGUUAUGCUCAUAUUACUCAUCGUAGGUUCUAGCCUAUUUCAUAUCCUUUUCCAUAUUCGUUUGCGGUGACUCCGAGCCUCUUCCGGGCUCACCCACUGCCACUCCCACUGUCGUAAUAGCAUCGUCUUCUCCACCGCUUCUAACCGGAGGACCUGUAAAGUUCUUGCGCGCAUACGCAAAGUACCAAAUAAAGGCAAUGGCUCCAAAUCCGG